AUGGCGUCCAUCCUUACCCAAACUUUUGACGACGACGAAGACUCCGAGACCGAGUUCAAUCCCGGCGCAGAACAAGGCUCCGACGAUGAGCAAGACACAAAACCUGCCACGACCAAUGGUCGGUCUUCUGCCUCACCUGCUCGACGCCGGUCACCAAAAGCAGAAGACUCCGACGAUGAAAAGCUAGCAGAUGACAAUGGCGAGGACGAUGAAGGAGAAGGCGAGGAUCUCGACGGAGAUGAUGACGACGAGGAAGAAGAAGACGAAGAAGAUGAAGGCAUAAGAUCCCGACCUCGAAAGCGCAGACGCGGUGGCCUGGGAGCCUUCUUCGAAGAAGAAGCCGAAGUCGACGAAGAUGACGACGACGUCGAGGGCGACGAAGAAGGCCUCGGACCAGAAUUCAUCGAAGAGACCCACCCGGACGAUGACCUUCCUGUCGAAGCUGACCAGGAUGAUCGAAGACAUCGAGAACUCGACCGCAAACGACAACUAGAAGCCUCGAUGGAUGCCGAGAAGCAAGCUGCUGAAUUCAGAGAACGCUAUGGCCGGCGCACUGCAACCUCUAUGGGAGCCAAGAACUACAUGCCCCAGAACCUGCUCAUGCCUGAUGUCUCGGACCCAAGCAUCUUCGCCGUGAAGUGCAGAGAAGGGAAGGAGAAGGAGAUCGUCCAGAGCAUCAACCGCAAGUUCUUCCAGCGACAGACUGGACGCGAUCCGAUGAAGAUCUUUUCCGCCUUCGAGAGAGGCGAGGGUGCUAUGAAGGGCUACAUCUUCGUCGAGGCUCGAAACAAAGCUGAUGUCGAGAACGGUCUGAACGGCGUGCACGAUGUCUACCCGCACAGCAAGAUGAACCUGGUCCCGAUGAAAGAGAUGCCAGAUCUGCUGCGAGUCAUGAAGUCGAAAGAGCUGGAGCCUGGCGCCUACGUUCGCAUCCGAAAGGGUCUCUACACUGGCGAUCUGGCGGUGGUGGAGGACGCCGUGCCUAAUGGUCUCGACGUCCUCGUCAAACUCGUGCCAAGAUUGACAUACGGUCUCGACGAAGACCAAAAUCACAGCGCCACGCCUGAUGCCAAGCGGAAACGACCUGGCUUCGGAAAUCCUGCUCAGAACCUCGCCAACCGCCCGCCCGCUCGUCUAUUCAACGAAUCACAGGCGAAGCAGAGACAUGCUCGCUUCCUUCAGCAAUUUGGUGGUCUAACCAGAAAGGAAUUCCAGUACAGAGGAGACAAGUACGAAGACGGCUUUCUCAUCAAGAACUUCAAGAUCAACCAACUUACCACCGAGAAUGUACAGCCGAAGCUCGAGGAAACGCAACUCUUCACGAGCACAGGCCAGGACGGUGCUGAGACACUGGACUUGGAAACGCUCAAACGCAGUCUGCAUGACAAGUCGACGGCUGAGAGCAGCUACCAGGUCGGUGAUGAGGUCGAGGUGUUCUCAGGAGAGCAGAAGGGCGCGAUCGGCCGGACAGAGCGUGUCACUGGCAAUAUCGUGUCGAUACGCGUUUCAGAAGGCGAGCUCAAGGACCAGCUGGUCGAGGUACCUGUUAGAAGUCUGCGAAAGAUCUUCAAUGAAGGAGACAACGUCGUCGUUGGCGGAGCCAGCAAGUAUCGCGAUCAAGUCGGCACGGUUGUCGCUAUUGAGAAUGACAAAGUCACAAUAUUGUCUCACGACAACCAGAUGGAGUUCACUGUCUUUAGCAAAGACUUACGGAUAGCAUCAGGUGCAGGCGCGAGCACUGAGAGGAGCCCAUUCGAGGUUCGAGAUCUCGUCCAUCUUACAGCCACCACAUUCGGCUGCGUCGUAUCAGCUGACCCGCAAACGGUCAAAGUCAUGGACCAGAAUGGCUCGAUCGAGACUCGCCUUCCAUCAGCACUAUCCAAGGUCAUGCAGUCACGCAAUGUGGUUGCAGUCGACAAGAACGGCUCCGAAAUUCGUCCUGGUGAUAUGGUCAAGGAGGUCGGCGGAGAAGGCAAGUCCGGCAGCAUUCUUCACAUCUACCGAAACUUCAUAUAUGCACACGACAGAACACGUAUGAUCGAGAAUGCAGGCAUUUGGGUUGCACGGAGCAGCAAUGUCAUUGGAAGAAGCUCUCGCAACGGUGCAGGUCUCACCGACCUGUCGAAGAUGAAUCCGGCCCUUGCAGGGAAGGCUCCUAAUGGCGCGCCCAUGGCACCGCCGCAGCGGCCUGGCAUUGACAGACUAAUCCGGAAGAAGGUCAAGAUCACCAAAGGUCCAUACAAGGGCCAUCGUGGUACGGUCAAGGACACGACUAUCAGCGAAGCUAGAGUCGAGCUGGAGUCGAAGAACAAGACCGUCAACAUUGAUAAGGGCCAACUUAGCGUCAUCGAUCUCAAUACCGACCAAACAACCCCAUACCACGAGUGGGCGAGAGGUCAGCGUGGCACAGGAGGUGCACCGCCAAGGAUGCAAGCCGGUCAAGGUUUCCCAUCUUCUCGUGUCCCGGAUGGUGCUCGCACGCCCGCAGCAGCCUUCGACGGUGGUCGCACACCAGCAUGGGGCGCCUCCUCAGCACGAACACCUGCAUGGGGCGGUCCUUCAUCCAUGGCCGACUCAAGCCGCGGCAAUACUACCUACGGAGGCGCAGGCAAUUACAACACGUCCUCCAGCUCCCGCACCCCGGCUUGGUCCGCGAAAACCCCGUACGGCGGCGACCACGGCUUCUCUAGCUCAAGCGGCAACCGUGACUUCGACGCCUUCGCCGCUGGCGCUGGCGGCAGCCGCACACCCGCAUACAGCGGCGCGACCACGUCACGAACUCCAGCCUGGGGCGGCCCGUCAGCCGCUGCAUCUGCACCCACACCCGCCGCUCGCGCGUACGAUGCUCCUACCCCGGCUAUGAAUGCGCCUACCCCGGGUGCGUUUGAGGAAGCAUACACACCCGCGUAUUCCGCACCUACGCCCGGCGCAGGCUUCAACGAUGGCGGCCACCAGGGUUAUCACAACAGCAACAACGAGAUGAAUGCACCGACGCCACAUUUCGCCAAGGCCGCUAACACUGUGCCGUUGAAAAAUAAUCGGCUUGCGGUUGCGAUGGAUGCGCCUACGCCGGCUGCGUACGGAGCAUCUGCACCGACGCCCGCGGCUUAUGGCGGUGGGCCAGUGUAUGAUGCGCCGACACCAGCGGUUGGUGGUGGGCCGCGGUAUGCAGAGGACGAUGAUGAGGAUGACUGA